AUGGCAUUUUAUCCCACCCUCCGCUCCGCAUUUCGGCGGAAUUUGGGAGGCUGGGGUGUCAAGCAUUAUUUACGACGGGUUCUCGGCGACCGCACGCUCACAUUCGAGGAAUUUACAACGCUGUUGUGCGAAAUCGAAGCUUGCCUCAAUUCGUGUCCGAUCGCCCCUCUUUCGGACAACAUUGACGAUUGCGACAGCCUCACACCAGGCCAUUUCUUGGUCGGCUCAGCACUGAAACUGCCGCCUGAACCAACGGUGCUCGAACUCUGCGAAAAUCGACUCUCGAGGUGGCAACUCCUUCGACAAAUCACUGAGAGAUUCUGGCGACUCUGGUACAACGACUAUGUAAACACGUUGUAUCAGAGAGGCAAGUGGCGGCGAGCUCAAUCUUCGAUUCGUGUAGGCAGCCUUGUCCUGUUACGCAACCCGACUCUUCCCCCGUGUAAAUGGGAACUGGGGCGGGUGAUCCAGUGUCACCCUAGUCCGGAUUGUCUAACGCGCGUUGUCUCCGUUAAAAUAGCGACGUCUCAAUUCACCCGGCCCAUCGGAAAG